UGUGGCUUUGACUAAGGGGGCGGUGCAGUUUUUAGAGAAGACGAGAGAGAGUAACGUAGUUUCCAACUGGGGCUUGCAAGAACUGACAUAUAGACUAGCUGCGCAUGGUAGCAUAAACGUCGAAUUAGUUUAGUUACAGUUGUACAUCCCUUGCUGGUCAGUGACCCAGUGACUAUUACUACGUCGCCAUGGCUACUGAAGGCGAACCUACGGAUCUGGUGAAGGUGCUGCACCUGCUGGUGAUGUCCUUUGGCUGGGGUACACAGGUGUGGGUCUCCUUUAUAGCAGGUUUUGUCCUGGUGUCUCAGGUGACGAGGCACACCUUCGGCGAGGUGCAGAGUAAGCUGUUCCCGGUGUACUUCUACUGCCUCCUGGGCAGUAACCUGGUCAGCCUGGCCGUGUUUGCGGUGUACCACCCCCGGGAGCUCCUGGACUGGCACGAGGCUGUGCAGAUGUCCCUGUACUUCGCCGCGGUGGUGCUGGCCGCGCUGAACGCGCAGUGGUUCGGGCCGGCCGUGACGGACGCCAUGUCGGCUCUGCACGAGGUGGAGCGGGAGCACGGGCUGGGCGGCACCGUGGGGAUGCGCUCCGGACGGGAGGCCUACGUCAAGCUGCGGGAGCAGGACCCCAAGUACAAGGCCAACGCGGCCACCUUCGGCCGCUACCACGGCCUGUCGAACCUCUGCAACCUGCUGGGGUUCAUCUGCACCACCGCCAACAUGGUGUACGCUGGGAUGAACCUGAGCACCAUUUAAAAAAACGAAAGAAAAAACACUCUUUCUUUCGCUCUUUCUCUCAUUCCCUGCUACCCUGCGCUACAAAUGAAAUGCUUUCUGUUUUUGGCUUAUCCCUGAAUGCAGUGUUUCUCAGCACCACUGUGUACGCUGUUUUUUUUUUGUCAAAGCCAGUCUCUUAAUCAGUUAAGGUUGUUGAAAAUGUGGUUAAGUUGUGCCAUAAUUGUGUGGUCAAGCUUAUUUUAACACUGUGGUGCUUUGGCCAUUGUUGCCAUUUGCUUUCAGUAAACUCACUCAUUUUACUAAAAUGGGUUCAGGUUUCCAUCCUCUGAACGAAUGGGAGCCAACUGAUUCCAACUGUCAGUUUGUGACUGAAUCAUUUAAAAUGGAACCUCUUUCAAUUUGUAUAGCGCAUGCAGCUCAGUAAAUGAAAAGAUAAGUUGGUCUGACUGAUUGAAAUUCCUGGUGUGUGUGUAUUAUGGGAUAUAUAAGGGCAUACAUAGCUAUUUCUGGCUUAAUGUGGCUGGAAGAGUGUAAUUCAUCCUUUGAUAGAUGUAAAAAAAAUUUUUUUUUAAGUUUUAAGUCAUUAAGGACAGUUAGUGUCUAAGAACAAUUAGCUGCUCAUUGCAGUAGUGAGCUUAUUGCUAUGGAUGAAAUAAAAACCAGCAUACACAGUGGGUCCCCAGGACCACAUACCCUUGGUCCGAUUGGAGCUCGAAGAUUAAUUUACCAUUUUUUCGGGAGGGAGCACCAGUUAAAUGUUUUUAAAUGUCGAACCCCAGGGAGAAAGCCAUUUGUUGACCAUGCCCAGCAGACUAAAAGGGAAUGCUUCUAAUUUAUAAAUGCCUGGCACCUCUAACCCAACUUCUCCUGAGUGACUUUCCCUCCUCUCUGUCUGUGAAUUGUCUAAGGACUUAAUGUUUAGCGAUGUAAUUGGAUUUUUUUUAAAUUACACAAUUGCUGCAUGUGGGUUAGCUCAUUUUCAGGUAUUAAUAUUAAUCACUAUUGCCGAGAGUUUGGAUGAUGAUUAUGAUGACAAUGAGAAAGUUAAUCUUAUUAACAAUUUAGAAAAUAUCAAUUUCUUACAUUCCCUUUACCACACAGUUAUUAUAAUUCAAUAUUUUUGUACAAUAAAUACAAAUAUUGUUCUUCUGUUGAA